CUGUCCUCAAUCUGUGCCUGCCUGUACCGGAGGAGGAGGCGUCAGGACGGGUCACACACUCUGCUCCUCUGCGGCCAAACUUUGUCGGCUCCGUCAAACUCAUAACCUCCUCCAGGCUGUGAACUUUUUCUCUUUUUUUUAUCGCACCUGCUGCAAAUCAAAAGACGACACAUCACUUUGUGAGGACGUCGCGUUAAUUCGGAGUUAAUCCUGUUCACCGGAGGAUUUUAAUAUCUGCUGCGAUGAGCGCUGCGGAAAACACAGACACCGACUCCAACAAACUGGAGUCUGUGAUACAGAGGCUGGAGGAGAGUGUAUUGUCAGAGGAGAAGAGGCUGACUGUCCGGGGCCCCUCACCAGAUGCCCCCCCUACAUGUCUACCAGCACGAGUACGAGAGAUUGUCACAAAGAACCUCAACGAUAGCUCAGCCGGGGCCAUGUCCUCGGUCAUGUCCCUCCAGGAGGAGAACCGGGUGCUGCGGGGAGAGCUGGCGAGGCUGGAGGACCUGCUGGCGCACAGCAGAGCUGACAGAGACGAGCUCGCCAUCAAGUACGCUGCAAUCAGUGAGAGGCUGGAGCAGGCGCUACGUUUCGAGACAGGCGACGGCGACCAUGAUUCACCAGAGUCACGCAGCCUGGCGCAGCAUAACGUGGACCUGCGCCGGCGCCUGGAUGAGGAGCAGGCGGCCUACAAGCGCAAACUCACUGCGUACCAGGAGGGUCAGCAGAGGCAGGCGCAGCUCGUGCAGAAGUUGCAGGCCAAGGUGCUUCAGUACAAAAAAAGGUGUGGAGAUCUGGAGCAGAUGGUGCAGGAGCGGACCUCAGAGGUGGAGAAACACAGGCUGAGCAGUGAAUCGUCAAAUGGUCGCCAUCAAGACGAAGCAAGCAGCAACCUGGAGGACGCUUUAAUCCGUCUGGAGGAAGAACAGCAGAGGAGCAGCAGUUUGUCUGCGGUGAACGCCAUGCUGAGGGAGCAGCUGGAGCAGGCCGGUUUGGCCAAUGAGGCCCUCAGCCAGGACAUCCGCAAGCUCUCUGCUGAUUGGACGAAGGCCAGGGAGGAACUGGAGCAAAAGGAGUCUGACUGGAGGAGAGAAGAGGAGUCUUUCCACAGUUACUUCAGUACCGAGCACAGCCGACUGCUGACGCUGUGGCGCCAAGUGGUCGGGUUUCGGAGGCACGUCUGUGAACUGAAGAGCUCCACUGAAAGGGACUUGUCAGAUAUGCGUAACGAGCUGGCUCGGGCGUCCCACUCUGCUCAGGUGUCUUGUGCAAGUCUGUCAGCCACCCUGCACACCCGGGAGGGAGGAGCAGCUCUGGCCCUGGAGCGGGAGAAAGCUCUGCGGGUUCAGCUGGAGCAGCAGCUGAGAGAACGAGUGUCGGAGAUGAUGAAUCUUCAAACCAGAACAGACGCGGAGAGAAGUGAGCUCAACGUCAGGUUGUCAGAUUCAGUGCGAGAGGCGGAGAGACUUAAGAGCCACAUUGAAGACAGAGACAGAGAAGUUGUCGUACUGAUGAGGAGGCUUGAAGAGCAGAGUGGCAACGAUGAGACUGACAUGCAGGUGAUGAGGUCUCACACUGAGACGCUGUUAGACGCCCUGCGGGACAUCGCUCAGACGGUGUUGUCCGAUGGCGAGUCGUCAUCAGAGGCAGACCAGGACAACUCUGGCGGUCCGCUCCUGGCAUUGAUCUGUGGCUCCUCCCCUCACCGCUCCUCCUCUCCUCGCAGGUCCUCCUCCCCCUCUAGGUCCUCCUCCUCGCUGGCUCCUCUGUCUGAGGCAGCGCUGUCAGCUCUGCGCUCUGCAGUCACAAACAAGACGCUCCAGCUGCAGGAUGUUCGAGGGCGUCUGCUCUCGGCGCAUACCUCGGUUCAACAGUUGCGCAAGCAGCUUUCGGAGACUGAUAUAGCUAAAAAAGAUGCAGAACAGCGAAAUCAAGCUCUGCAGAGAGAGAGAGACGCUGCUCAGAGAGAGAGGGAGACCACACAGAGAGAAAAGGAGCGUCUAAAGCAGGAGAGAGAGACGCUGGCCAGUGAGAAGGUGAGCCUGGAGAAGACAGUGCAGGCAACACAGAGCGCCAACCAGAUCCUGCAGAUGGACUGUGAGAAGCUUCAGCUGACUGUGGCGUCCACGCAGCGAGAGCGAGAUCACGAGAGGGAGGAGAAGGAGGCCGCCGUUCAAGAGAGAGACCGGGCGAAGGCAGAGACUCAGAGGAUACAAAAGCAGUUGGAACAGAGUGAGAGUCGGGGCUCGGCGCAGCGUGGAGAGCUGUCUGCGGUGAGGGAGACUCACCAGCAGGGGGAGGUUGAGCGACAGCUGCUCGAGGGAGAAAAGGCCCAGCUCUCUGAGGCGCUGGCUCGGAGUGAGGGCAGUAACGCAGAGCUCUCCAUGCUGGUCAACAAGCUGCAGUCUGAAGAUGCAGCUCUCAGGGACUCUCUGGCGAAGAUGGGAAGCAUGAAUGAGGGUCUGGCGCAGGACAAAACUAACCUCAACAACUACAUUCUCCAGCUGGAGGAGGAGAAGGCCCUGCUGCAGGCUCAGAAACGAGAGGCGGAGCAAGAGAAGUUGACCAUCCGAGAUGAGCUGGUCCGGUUGGAGCAGGACCGUCUUGAGCUGGACUCAGCCCGCAUCACGCUGCACCAGUCGCUGCAGGAAGCCGAGCUAAGCCGGGUGGGGAUGGAGGCAGAGCUCCAGAGUCUCAGGGCUGAGAGAUUUAAGCUGCAGGAGAAAGUCACCCAGCUCUGUGGCGAGGUGACCUCUCUGGGAUCAGAGCUCAGUCUUGCCAGAGGAGAGGGUCAGAGGAACGAGGUGGCUUUAGAGGAGGCCGGCCGCGGACGGGCAGAACUGGCCAGAGACAAAGCAGCACUGGUGGUCCAGCUGACGGCGUCUGAGAGAGAAAACACCGUCCUGUCAGAGGAGCUGGCUGCUUUCAGGUCGGAGCGCGAGUCCCUGGAAACCAGUCUGUUUGAGGUGCAGCAGCAGCUUGUUCAGGUGGAGUCUCGUAGAGAGCAGCUGGAAACAGAGAACCAAAGCCUUCGAGUUCGCUGUGAGACUGCAGCAGCUGAACUGAGGCGUGUACGCUCGGAUGGGGAGAAUGUGUUGGCCCAGGCUGAGAGGGAGAAACAGGCUCUGACUCAGACUCUAAAUGCUGCGCAGCUGGAGGCCCAGCAGGCUUUACGCAAGGCCAUCUCCGAACACCAGGAGGAGGUGGAGAGGCUGGUCUCAGAAAAGGAAGUCGUGCGGCACAGCCUGCUGAUGGAGCAUGAGGGCACUGUGAGGAGGCUCCGGCAGGAGGCGGAGGAUCAGCUCCACAGAGCGGAGAGAGAGCGAGAGGAGCUGCAGGAUGAACUGAGGAGUCUUCAGCAUGACAGAGAUCAGAGUCUGCUGCAGGCGGAGACUGAAAAACAACAGGCCCUCUCUCUGAAGGAGGCAGAGAAAACGGUUUUGUCCGACAGGGCGUCCACCCUGCAGGCCGAGCUGUCAGCUGCAGCUCUGGAGGCCGAGCGGAUGUCGAGAGAAGCCGCUCAUUACAAAGAGCAGGAGCAGAUCAGAGUCGGCGCUCUGACCAGCGAGCUGCUGGAGCUUCGCUCUCAGCUUGAAGAUGCUACUUCUGCUCACGAAAGGGAACUUCAGAGUCUACGAGAAACCUGCACUGAUCUGCAGUCACGUGCUGAUGUCGCUCUCAAAGAGUUGGACCAGUGCAGAGCUUCUCUGUCAGCGAAUGAGGAGAGUCGAGACCAUCUGAGGCGGGACCUUUUGGACAGUGAGCGACGUCUCAACCAAGCUCAGGACGCAGCGGAAAACAACAGAAGAGAGAUGACGGAGCUGCGACGCAGCCUCUGCGACGUCACCAAGGAAAGAGACACUCUGAGCCAGUCGAAUACUCAGCUGAGAGAAACUCUACGGAGCGCAGAAACGGAGAGAAUCAGUGUGAAACGACAGUGUGAGGAGAAGGAGCAGAGGCUGGCUGUGCUGGAGGAGAACCUGUCAUCUAAUCAGAAGGAGGUGACGGAGCUGCGCAGCUGCCUGAGAGAGGUCGAGAGGUCACGACUCGAAGCUCGGCGAGAGCUCCAGGAGCUCCGCAGACAGCUGAAAGUUCUGGAUGGAGAGAAGGAGCAGAGAGGGAGGGAGGUGGCAGAGCUGCAGACUCGCCUGUCGUUGGAGGAGCAAAGAGAGGAGGAGAAAGGGAAGGAGGUUUUCUCCCUCAAACAGAGGUUAACUGAGGCUGAAACAGCUCGAGACUCCCUCAAGAAAGAGCUUUCUGCGACUCAGAAGCGGCUGCUGGAGUCUGAGUCGGGCUGGCGGGGCUGCGAGAGAGAGCUGACCUCUCAGCUGCAGGAAGCGCGCGGCUGCGAGAAGAAGCUUCAGGAUGAGGCCAAGAACUUGGCCCUGCGAGCUCAGGCGGCUCAGGACUCUGCCGCUCAGUCCAGCCUGCAGCUGAGCGAGGCCCAGGGCCGCCUGGCCGCCACAGAGGCGGAGCUGACCCGGGCCGAGGCCGGGAGGAGGGACCUGGAGUUUCGUUUGAGCAGCCUUCAGUCGACGCUGACGCGGACGCUGGGCAUCGGAGCGGGAGGCAGGGGAGGCAGGGGGAGGAGCCCGGGGGGGAGCUCCACAUCACCAGGCACUAUGUCACGCCACCACAGCAUCUCCCCCCUGCGCUCCUCGCUGUCGCCUCCGAAAGAAUUUAGAGUAUGCACUCCCGACAACACUUUAGGCUCAGUGUCUCCAGAGAGAGGAGACACACCGCUGCCUCUCCCUCAGCCCGAGCUCGACCCCGACAUACUGCGCAGUGACCUGAGAGAUUUCCUCCAGGAGCUGCGUGAGGCUCAGAAAGAGAGGGAUGAUUCUCGAUGCCAGCUGGGGGCCCUGCAGCGGGAGCUGGAGGAGCGGACGGGGGAGCGAAACUCUGCUCUGAGUCGUCUCACUCAGCUACAAAACUCCUUUCAAGAAUGCCAAGAAGGGAAGCGUGGAGUCGACGAGCGUCUGACCACCACUCAGAUUCUGCUCCAGCAGCAGGAGGAGGUGGUGCGGAGAGGAGACAGAGAAAGGAGAGCGCUCACCGACAGGGUGAAGGAUCUGGAGCGAGCGCUGCAGGCCUCUGAGAUGGAUAAAAAGCACACACAGGAUCAGUUAAAUAAGCAGCGUGCUGCUGAGAUGCGUCUGGAGGCGGAGAGGAGGCGUCUGCGGGAGGCGCUAGAGGCAGCUGAAGCGCGGGCCACCAGAGUGGAGCUGGGGAGGCGCAGUCUGGAGGGGGAGCUGCAGAGACUCAAACUGAGCCUGGGAGACCGUGAGGCCGACAGCCAGGCCUCUCAGGAGCGCCACGACUCUCUGCUGAGACAGGUGGCAGAAGGAGAGGCCCGUGUGUCUGUGCUCCAGAGAGAGGUGGAGAGGCUGAGUCAGGCUCUGCUCAAAGCUCAGGAAGGAGAGUCUUUCCUCAGAGAGAAGACCUUAACCCUCACCAAGAGCCUCCAGGAGGCAGCGGCCGCUCACAGCAGCACGCAGAGCCGUCUGACCGCUCUGCAGAAAACGCUGAGUGCGUCUGAGCAGGACAAAAGGCUUCUACAGGAACAAAUGGAUGAAGCUCGGGCGUCAUUAAUGGAGGGGAAGAGGAAUAUGGUCACCGUCACUGAGCGCGUGCAGAGCUUGCAGAGUGAUCUGGACCAGAGUGAGCUGAGACGAGAGGAGCUGGAGGCUGAGCUCAGCAACACUCAGGAGGCUCUGCGUCAGCGCUUGGCCGGCGUCGCAGAGGCUCAGCGAAGCGCCCAGUCAGCUCAGGCAGAACGGGCCGCUGUAGAGGAGCGACUGCGCGGGUUGCAGCGAGCGGUCGCCAUGCUGGAGACUGAGAAAAAAGAUGCUGAGAGACAGGCUGUGAGGCUGGAGAAAGACAAAGAUGCACUGAGGAAUACACUGGAUAAGGUUGAGCGUCAGAAACUGAAGACUGAGGAAGGCAGCAUGAGGCUGUCUGCAGAGAAAAGCCGCCUGGAUCGUUCUCUGAACACCACUGAACAGGAGCUGCAGGAGGCACAGCAGCAGAUACUGAUGCUGCAGACUCAGCUGGCUGAGAUGGAGCAGUCACACAGUCUGUGCGAGAGUCUGGUGAGGCAGCGGGACGAGGCCCAGCGAGAGGCAGAGAGACUCAGGACCAGUUUCAGGGACGUGGAGCGAACGCUGGGAACCAGAGAGCGGGCUCACCGUCACAGAGUGAAAGGCCUGGAGGAGCAGGUGUCCACCCUGAAGGAGCAGCUGCAACAAGAGAUGAAACGGCGGCAACCUUCUCUUCCAUCCUCAUUACUGUCGGCAGGGAAGUAAGAUUCAGCUUGGAACCAGUCGCACCAGCACACUACGUCUAAUCCAGGGACAAUCCGCUCAUGAAUGUCUGAAAGCAAUAUUUACUCAGAAACAUUACUAAAAGUAUUCAUAUUCUACAUUUAUAGUGCAAUUUGUUUUACUUUGUGACACUGAAAUAAGCACCACUGUUACUUUGACAGCGUUACUGAUACUCUGUACAGUGAGGUAGACCUAUGACAGGCGAGGGAACGGAGCGCCGACGUGAUGCAGCAGCUGUGCUGAAACUGCCAGCAGGCCGCUGAUUACUGGCAACCAUCUGCACUUGAUCCUUGCUCAACAUCUUCCCAAACUUCUUGCGCUUAUUCAAGGAGAAAACCCAAAUCACCGCAAGGAUUCUCCUCCAGACAGAAUCUGGACGUAACGCAGGAACGAAAAUCUGCCAGUUGUGCGUUUUGGCCUCCGCUCCUCUGCAGUUAUAUUAACAGUCGAGGACACUAAGAGGAGGGAGGGGAAGGUCUCCGCUGUGGGCGAGUGCCAGGAAACAAACGAAUUGAGCAUAAUGAAGGAGCUGCGCUGUGUUUUCUCUCAGAAACAGACACAGAUUUUACUGAUUAUGUUACAUAGACAGUUUUAUAACUGAAAAAGGGACCACGAGGCACUGCAGUAUGACGGUACACCUACAGUGUGUGUUUUUUAUUAGUUAAAAUUAGUUUUUACUAGGUGUAUAUACUUUGUACUUACUGUAUAAAGGUGGACAGACUGAUGAUUAAUAACAGCAACAUGACUUGUACGGACACAUGGAGGCCACAUGUCUGCAGUAGAAUAAACUUCACUGUGUGCACCA